ACUACAAAUAUAGGAUUUGGUCUCCGCUACAAUUUUUCUCUCUCUCCCCCUCCCUCACCACCAUAACAACAUUGAAAAAUAGAGGAGCGCAAAUCUAGCCCUUUUCUUCUCUUUUUCUUUCUCUGCAACUUCUAGGGUUAGGGUUUGGGAAAUGGUGGGUCAGCAGUCUUUGAUCUACAGCUUUGUGGCCCGUGGCACGGUGAUCCUCGCCGAGUACACUGAGUUCACCGGCAAUUUCACCAGCAUCGCCGCUCAAUGCCUUCAGAAGCUCCCGGCCAGCAACAACAAGUUCACCUACAAUUGCGAUGGCCAUACCUUUAAUUACCUCGUUGAGAAUGGCUUCACCUACUGUGUAGUUGCAGUUGAGUCUGCUGGCAGACAAGUUCCCAUUGCUUUUUUGGAGCGAGUUAAAGAUGAUUUCAACAAGAGAUAUGGUGGUGGGAAGGCUGCAACUGCUGUUGCCAAUGGCCUGAACAAAGAGUUUGGGCCCAAACUGAAGGAGCAUAUGCAGUACUGUGUGGAUCAUCCUGAAGAGAUCAGCAAACUUGCAAAAGUAAAGGCUCAGGUUUCGGAAGUCAAGGGAGUGAUGAUGGAAAAUAUUGAGAAGGUUCUUGACCGUGGUGAGAAGAUUGAGCUGCUGGUUGAUAAAACUGAGAACCUUCGCUCACAGGCACAGGAUUUUAGGCAACAGGGUACUAAGAUGAGGAGGAAAAUGUGGAUGCAGAAUAUGAAGAUAAAACUGAUUGUUCUUGGUAUCAUUAUUGCCUUGAUCCUGAUCAUUGUUUUGUCAAUUUGCCAUGGCUUCAAGUGUUAAUUUGGCCAGAAUCCUUGCAUAUGCAAAUGCCGGACUAGGAUUGUCUUGGUAGACUGGUUCGAUCUUGUGUUUUGAUGUUCCAUUUUGGCACUCACUUUGGGUCUGUUCAUUUAUUUUAUUUUAUUUUAUUUUUAUUUUUAGGUUUAACAUUUCUCGGUUGUGCUAGCCUUCUAGGGCAAGAUUUCUGUAAUUUGGAUUGGUGUAUAGAAUGUAUUUGAAUUUCCUUUUAGUAGAUAAAAAUAUAUUUGAGCACUAGGGGUGCUACUGAAUAUUUUAUGAUCUUAAACGCAAUAAAUAACAUCAUUUGAGAGGA